GAUUCGCAUUCGCAUCCCAAGAAAACGAAAAGAAAAAAAAGCACAUAAAAAAACUACUUAGCCGAAAAUCCAAAACUAUCCAAAGAGGCCUACAUAACUUGUCUUAGUUCCACAGAGACGCACGCGCUGAAACGUAAACGUUAAAGCCAAACGACGACAAAAGCUAAAGAAAAACGUCUAAGUGAACCGUUAUUAUUACCCAGCCGUGGGCCAUAAUCGCCAGCAUCACCAUCGACAAGCGCGCAUAUUAUAUAACCCUCUUUUCUGCUACUGCUUCCACAAAUUGGCCCUGCCCUCUCUUACCCACCACUACUGACUACGCCCAGAUCUCUGGGCUAAUGAAUGAGCCAAAGCAGCAGCAGAGUUAGUAAAGGUCUAAGUUAUAAAACCAAGUCGGUCGAAAAGUUGGCCCAACGUGAAAGUGAAAAGCAGUCGCAUUGUGGCAGUCAGGAUACAUCAUCAUCGGCAUUGCCAUUGCUCGAUCUUCAACACCAUCUGGUUGUGCUCUAGGUCAGUCAUGCGCGCCAUGAGCUGUUGUCAAUGCUGAAGCCAAUGCAGCUGCCCACAGAGCAGCGCAUCCAAUAUGAAGUCAUCUAACAUUUUGGCCUUGCAAUGGCUUUGCCUAUUGCUUUUGCCACCCAGCUCUAUACAGUUUGAGACAGACUGCGGCUGUCGUCCGGCACGUCGUACUCCCAGGAUAAUAGCUGGAGCCACCACCAAUGAAGGCCAGUUUCCUUGGCAAGCCUCAUUGGAGUUAUUGCAUCCUUCGUUGGGCUUUUUGGGUCACUGGUGCGGAGCCGUGCUGAUACAUCAGUAUUGGAUACUCUCGGCAGCACAUUGUGUUCACAAUGAUCUCUUUAAUUUACCAAUCCCUCCAUUAUGGACUGUGGUAUUGGGUGAGCACGAUCGCGAUGUUGAAUCGGGCCAUGAGCAGCGUAUACCCGUCGAGAAGAUUGUAAUGCAUCAUCGGUAUCAUAACUUUCGUCACGAUGUCGUCUUGAUGAAGCUAACCAAGCCAGCGGAUAUAAAUCGCUCAUCAAAUGUUCGACGUAUUUGUUUGCCCUUUAUGUUGGCCGGAGUUCCUGAGAAUGAGGCUAACGCAAUGUCUGGCACAUCGAUGACCGAGGAUGUCCUUAGCCAACAACUGGAGUUAGAUGAUGUACCCGAAAAAAUUGAUAAUUUUCUGCGUAGUGUGCAGGGAAGAAGACGCUAUCGCAAUGUGACAGCUCCAAGUAUGCGUGAUCUGAUGAACAUGAAGAUUUUAAGUAGAUUACGUCAAGCGCUGGCCCAACGUUCGCCGCGUAGUUUAAAGCGCACACGUAGACGCAAUGAUAAGCUGAUGAAGCUCGAUACGGAGCAGGAGAGUGGUGCACCCAAAUCCUAUGAGAAUCCGCGUGAAAUGGCCUUUGUGGAAUGCGUGGCCACUGGCUGGGGAAAGGCCAAUAUUAGUGGUGAUCUCUCCAAUCAGUUGCUAAAGACUCAUGUGCCGCUUCAUAAAAAUCGCAGGUGUAAAGAUGCCUAUGGAAGCUUUGUGAACAUUCAUGGUGGCCAUCUUUGCGCUGGCAAACUAAAUGGCAAAGGUGGCACCUGUGUGGGUGAUUCGGGUGGUCCAUUGCAAUGCCGUUUGAGUCACGAUGGCCCCUGGAUAUUGGCUGGUGUUACCUCUUUCGGUUCUGGCUGUGCUUUGGAAGGAUUUCCCGAUGUUUAUACCCGUACCUCGUACUACAUGAAAUGGAUUGAAGACACGAUCGCCUCUCAUUGA